AUGAACCUCUCGCUCGUUGAUCCUUUCAUUCUGGCGCAGGAGUACCCAGAUACCCUGACAGAAAAGCUGAGUAGUGGCCAUGCAACAUGUCUGCGAUUCAAUCACUCGGGAGAUUACCUAGCAUCCGGACGAGUGGAUGGCACAGUGGUCAUAUUUGACAUUGAAACAAACGGGGUAGCGCGCAAACUGCAGGGUCACACCCGCCAGAUUCAGUCUCUCAGCUGGUCAAGGGAUGGACGAUAUCUCCUCACCUCCUCACAAGACUGGAAGUGCAUCCUAUGGGACCUCGAGGAUGGCUCACGUGUGCGCACUGUCCGAUUCGAAGCACCCAUCUACAUUGCCGAGCUACACCCAUUCAACCAUCUACUAUUCGUCGCAUCUCUGUUUGAAGACCAACCUGUACUCGUGGACGUGUCCUCGCCUAAACCGAUCAAGCGCAUCCUCCCUUCAGCACCCCUUCGGCCACAACCCACGAACGGCGAAGAAGUCGAUCCGGCGGUAGCAGCAAAGCAGGCCGCACAAGAUGCAAAGCACUCGACAUGCGUCACAAUCUUCACAGCCUUUGGGAACCAUAUCAUUGCGGGCUCGUCCAAGGGAUGGAUCAACAUCAUCGAGACGGAGACUUGCACUACAAUCCACUCCAUGCGGCUCUGCAACGGAGUGGUGAUUCUCAUGCGUCUCGCCAGCAAUGGUCGAGACCUUCUCGUCAACAGUUCAGAUCGCGUGAUCCGAACGGUGCUGAUGCCGGACCUGUCUCAGCUCGGAAUUGAUCUCGAGCCGUCAAACAUCAAGCUCCAAGUGGAACAUAAGUUCCAAGACGUAGUCAACCGCCUCAGCUGGAACCACGUCACCUUCUCAUCGACAGGCGAGUUCGUCACCGCCACGACCUUUAUGAACCCCGACAUCUACGUCUGGGAACGCAGCCACGGAUCCUUAGUCAAGAUCCUCGAAGGCCCACGCGAAGAGCUCGGCGUGGUCGAGUGGCACCCGUCGCGGCCGAUGGUCGUAGCCUGCGGCCUGGAGUCCGGGUGCGUGUACACGUGGUCGAUCGUCAGCCCACAGAAGUGGUCCGCGCUGGCCCCGGAUUUCGGCGAGGUCGAAGAGAAUGUCGAGUACAUGGAGCGCGAGGACGAGUUCGACGUCCACCCCGCUGAGCAGGUCCAUCAGCGCCGUCUCGACCAAGAGGACGAGGAGCCCGACGCCGUGACCCACGACACGCUUAAAAGCGCGACGGACCCCGACGUCGCCGAUGGCUUCGGCGUGCCUGUUCUGUUGGAUAUCUCUGACAGCGAAAGCGGCGAGGAUAUCGUCACUGUUGGCCCCGGUACCAUGCGCCGCCGCACUCCCGGCGGUGGUCGUGAUGCUGUCAACGGCGAUACUGAGAAAGACACCCGCUCUGCUGCGAAUGGCGUCUCCCGUGGUUCGGGAAGGACUCGCCGUCGAUAA